UGAACUUUUUCGAGAGUUUUGUAAUAAAAUAAAGGUGAUAAGAGCAAAUCAGCAUUAUCUGCAACUUUUGCCGUUGUUCCCGCUGGAAAAGUAGGCCGGGAAAGUGUAAGAAACGUGGAAAACCGCUGCCCAAAAAAACACAGAGCCGAACUGAAAACCGCGAAUUCCAAAACCCCGGAAAACCGGAAGUCCGGGAAAUCUCGGAAGGAAAUCGAAUUCAGAAACCGAACAGGAAAAGCCGUGCUCACUGAAAGAGGAGUGAAAAUUCGCAACGUUUUUCAGCGAAAAAUGGGAAAAUCUCCGCGUUUUACGACAGAAAAUGGAAAGUCGGAGGCCCGUUAAAAUUUGUCGUAUCUGCAGUAAACCGGACAACGAUGAUUUCAUCUCCGUGCAGCUUAUCCAGGACCAGAUGACGAUCGCAGAGAAAAUCUUGGCAGUCUCGGGGAUCGCGGUGAUGAGAGAUCGACGUCUGCCUCAGAACAUCUGCUUGAAAUGCCUGGAUAGAGUUAACCAAGCGUUUGAGCUGCGGCGAGAGUGCAUCGAAACGGAUUCUCGCUUACGCGCAGCCCUCCCCGACGUCAAGCCCUCCGGAAGCCCGCAACAUCACAAUUCCGGAUCUUCGGAGUACAUCGUCGAAUUCCUGGAAGAAGCAACUGGCGAGCACGAGGCGGACAUCGGGGACGGAGAUCCGGAGAGGCCCACAGAUAGCCGUGAGCUGCAGGACGACACGAUCUCGGAACCGUAUCAGGCACAAAAUAGCACCUGGAGACUAGGCGAGCAUUAUCAGCGCCUGCGGCCCGAUUGCUGUGGAUGCACCUUGAGAUUUGAUAGCAAAGAAGAGCUGUUCGUGCAUGCUCUUCGAGUACAUCGCAAACAAAAACGGCGUUCCAAGUAUCGUCCAUGCCAGUGUCCAGUUUGCUAUAGAUCUUACACGAGCGAAGAGGCUCUAGCAUUCCAUUACAUAGAUUUCGACCUACAUCACCCGGCAAAAGGUGACCUCUAUCAGUGUCUCUUCUGCAACCAGACUCUCAAAACACACGUCGGACUGCUUAAACAUUUGGAGCAUCAGCAUGGCCGAUACGAGAACGAUCCUUGGCAGGAAAAGGCACACAUUGUGGAGCCUAUACCAAAGUCAUCGACAACAUCAUCCGAUGUGAGUGAUCUUCGCAUAGAGAUACAAACCCUUCACGACGAAGAGCGAAUGGAAGAGGAUGGUGAAGCGACAGGAGACAUCAACCGACCGGAAACAUUUACCGGAACACCGGACGAGGAAUAUGUCACUGAUACGACUGUCGAUGCAAAAUCAAUACAAGACGAACAGUAUUUGGAACUGGAUGAUGAUGAUGAUGAUGAUGGUAAAAACGAGGAAUCUGAAGAGUAUGAAGCUUUCCAGGACGAGGUAGAUAACGGCAGUGAUGUUGACUAUGACUAUGCGGAUGAUGAUGGUAGUGAUUUGGAGGUGAAAAUCUACCGACCUCAAAUAUCAAAGGCAGGACGUUUGAAGAACAAACAGCAAAGUGCCUUGCAGCGUGUGUUACAAAUUCCGGAAGAAUAUCGCCGUGUUGUAGCAAAUCGGGAGACGUACAUGAUCGUUGAGCUAAUGCAUGAGCGAUGCUGCUGCUGUGCAAAGUUUUUUGCCACUGACCAACAGUUGCAGGAGCACAUGAGGCAACAUCAAGAGGAACAUUCACGCAUUAACUCGUCUCAGGAACAUGAACCAGCUUGGAAAUACCGUUGCGAAUAUUGCUGGAAAACGUUUCCAUUUGCCAUUACGUACAUAUUUCAUUUGCGCAUUCGGCAACGGCGUCAGUUUUAUCUGUGUGGACUCUGUAAUCUUGUUAUGGACACAGAGAAACGCAUGAAAUCGCAUAUGCUCCGCAGCGAGCAGCACGCCAGCUUCUUCGAUUUACCACGUGCGGACGUUAGCGAUCAGUACUAUAUAAGCGUGCUGGCCGGUAUUCGGUGCUGUAGAUGCAGAACUUACUUUGAGAGCCAUGAGGAUUUUAACGAGCAUUGCCGGGUUACUCAUAGCCGACAGAUGCUAGCAGAAACCCGCCACACGGUAGACACCCAUCCGUUCGAAUGCAAUGUUUGUAAGCGACGCUUCACUCGAAAGGCUCUGCUCGAGCAGCAUGUGACCGUAGGGACGACUAUUACAGACAAAAACACACGCAGUUUCGUCAAGUACUGCUGCAAGUUGUGUGACUAUACAACGUAUACUAUUGAACGCAUCGAGGCCCACUUAUACGGUGCCGUUCACAUUGAUGUGCUGGCAAAAGUACACCUUGAGCCGUUGAAUAAUGAAUUCAAGAAGCUGGACACGAUGCGCUACUGCUGUUCGCCACAGUGCAAAAAAUCAUUCCUAAACACAGAAAUCCUACAGGCCCACUUCCGAGACUGUCACGGGGAAACUCUGGCCGCAAACCAACGUGCCAAUAGCGAACAGGAGGCAAAACAAGCAGUGUACGAGUGCUUUAUUUGUACGUUGAGAUUGGAGAGUAUGAAUGCUCUAAGAGACCAUCAGACACUGCGUUCGCCAAAAAACUGUGUCUGUCCGAUAUGCGGUAUCAAGAAACAGUCUCGAUCGGCAAUGCUAGCCCACGAGCGAUCGCACACCGGCGAACGACCGUAUCGUUGCGAGUUGUGCGAUAAAACAUUUGCUAGCACGAGCUGCCUGCGAUCACACCAGAGGUGCCACGUACCACGGGAGUACGAAUGCAGUACGUGCAAAGAGCUAUUUGCGAGACUUGAAAAUCUCAAACGCCACAUUCGGCUCAAACAUGGCGAGGCAACGUACAAGUGUGAAAUUUGUACGAAGAUGUUCAAAACGCACGAAAAGCUCUCCAUUCACAAACGGAUUCACACGGGCGAGAAACCGUACGAAUGCCGAACGGAGGGUUGCGAUCGAAGGUACACGAAUACUGCGGAUCGAAGGCGUCAUGAGAUGGCCGAGCAUACACUGGAACGUCCCCAUCAAUGUGGCUAUUGUGAGGCGGCUUUCAUUCGCAAACGACAACUGAUGAUCCACCAACGCCGCCAUACCGGAGAUCGACCAUAUCCCUGCCCAAAGUGCGGCAAGACGUUUGUCGAUGCGACAAGGUUGCGAAAGCAUACCGAAAAAGUGUGCUCCUUUUAAAGGUAUGUUUUUGUCUUUGGUAUGAUAAUGAUAGAACAUUGAAUUCAUUGUUGAUAUUAAAUAUUUAUAGAGAUCG